UCAGUCUGACUUCCUGAAGAAGAAGAUAAAUCAACACACUUUGUUUGCAAGUUUUUUUUUCCCCUCCUGCGCAUCAAGAUGAGCGUGAAAAAGGACUCCGGUGCCGUGGAGCUGGGGGGGGAUUGCACCAGAAACCCGGGCUAUGUGGAUCCGGACUCUGCAGCGGAGACCAUCCAUGAAGACCCCGACAAGAAGCGGGACGCGGACGCGGAGUACACGCAGAUCAAGCCUUACGCGGGGAUGCCCAAGGAGGUGCUGCUGCUGUACUCCUCCAGGGCCCGGUACCGGGUCCCCCGAGAGAUCCUGUUCUGGCUGAUGGUGGCGUGCACCCUGGCGCUGGUGGCGCUCACCGUCACGGUGAUCGCGCUGUCGCCCCGGUGCCUGAACUGGUGGCAGGUCUCCCCGGUGUACCAGGUGUAUCUCCGGUCCUUCAGGGACUCGGACGGGGACGGGGUCGGAGACCUGAAAGGAAUCCAGGAGCAGCUGGAUCACUUCCAGUACCUGAACAUCAAGUCAGUGUGGGUCAGUCCUUUCUACAGCUCUCCCAUGAGGGACUUCGGCUACGAUGUGGAAGAUUUCCGGGCCAUCGACCCGCUCUUUGGAACCAUGCAUGAUUUUGAAGAGCUUCUGUCUGAAAUGCAGAACAAAGGUAUGAAGCUGAUCAUGGAUUUCAUUCCCAAUCAUACCAGCGACCGUCACCGCUGGUUCAACUUGAGCCGGACCGGAGAUCCUCACUACAAGGAUUACUACGUCUGGACCGACUGCAAUGAAACCGCAGCGAGGCCUAAUAACUGGGUGAGUAUGUUUGGUAAAUCGGCAUGGACGUACGAUGAAGUCAGAGGACAAUGCUACCUGCACCAGUUCCUCAAGGAGCAACCAGACCUGAACUUCAGAAACCCACAUGUCCGCAAAGAGAUGACUGAUAUCAUUCAUUUCUGGCUGGAUAAGGGAGUGGACGGGUUCCGGAUGGGUGCAGUGAAGCACCUCGUGGAGGCCGCACACUUGAGGGAUGAACCACAGGUGGACCCAAACCAAGCACCGGAGUCUGUGGCCUCAGAGUGGGACCUCCACCAUGACUACACCACCAGUCAGCUGGGCCUGCAUGACCUGCUGAGGGACUGGAGGGCUGAGAUGGACGGCUACAGCCGUGAGGCUGGCAGAUACAGGUUCAUGGUGACGGAGUCUUAUGAUUACCAGGAGGUGGAUAAGACCAUGAUGUACUAUGGCACCCCGCUGGUUAAAGAAAGUGACUUCCCCUUUAACUUUUACCUGCUGGACCUGCCUCAGAACACCAGUGGCUUGUGGGUUCAACAUCUGGUCCAGCUGUGGAUGUCCAACAUGCCCAAGGGUGAAUGGGCCAACUGGCUGGUUGGGAACCAUGACAAUCCUCGAAUUGCCUCCAGUGCUGGUCAGAACUACACUCGUGUCAUCAACAUGCUGCUGCUGACCCUCCCAGGCACGCCCACCACCUACUACGGCGAGGAGAUAGGCAUGGAGAACGUUAAUGUCACAGACAGUCAGACACAGGACCCGGCUGGGAAAUACAAUGCGAGUGCCAGUCGGGACCCUCAGCGGUCUCCAAUGCAGUGGAGUGGUGACAUCAACGCAGGCUUUAACAAUCAAACCAACACCACCUGGUUGCCGGUACACCCUGACUACAAAAGCGUCAAUGUGGAGGUCCAGAAGGAAGAUAAAGGGUCUGUUCUGGCUCAGUACCGUUUCCUGAACACCCUGCGUCAGUCAGAGCUCCCCUUUCAACGUGGAUGGUUCUGCUACGUCCACGCCGAUGCCAACGUCUUCUCUUACCUCAGAGAGCUGGACGGGCUCCGACGAGCUUUCCUCGUUGUGUUGAACUUUGGUGACGAAUCUGCCAUCACAGAUCUCUCCUCCGUUCGUGAGUUACCGGACCAGUUGGAGGUGCUGAUGAGCACAAACCAAGUCAACGACGGCAGGGCGUUACAAAAGUCUCGCAUCCUGACGGAGGCGGGAGAGGGUUUGGUGAUUCAGUACUCCAUCCACACUCGGUUUAAUCCAAAGCACCCAGAACAGUGCUACGUCUCGGAGAAGGCCUGCUAUUUGAAUGUCAUAGAUAUACUUUAUAAAUGCUAACUAGAUAAACAA